AUGGCGCACACCUUGUCAAAUGUACCUGGUCCAGCACCUCUGCCGGCCCCUCUCGCUGAGCAAGUCCCUCCAGCGAUGUUACUUCUGGCAGAGUAUUUUAUGGAUGUUGACAAUGAGGAUGUGUCUUAUGUGGAUGGGAAGAACACAAGUGAUCCAGUCAUGGAGGCUUACAUGGACAAUGAUAGUACCACAAAUGUGUUAGCCCACGACAUGCAUCACCUUGAACAACAGCUCGAGAACUUACAGAAUGGUGAAGAUGUUCACCUCAGACUGGGUGAUAUGGUAUCGGUGAUGGCGGAAGGUGAGGAGCAUGGAGAGACAGAUGCAACAGUCCUGGAUAUUAUUGCAGCUAUGCGCUUCAUGGGCAUUGAGGACUCCGAUAGUGAAGAUGACAUUGAAGACAUGUUCUGUAAAGAGGUACCAAUGAGAAUGGAUGGAGACUGGAAACCCUAUGGAUCCAAAACGAUGUUCAUGCUGGACCUUCUUGAUAACCUUCCGCGACUGCGACUCUCAGAUGACCAUAUGAAGACAUUCAUUUGGAUUAUGAAGGAGUGCGGAACGCCCGAUGUUCCAUCCUUUUCUGCACUGCGAAAGAAGCAAGCCGAACUAGCACACAAAGUCAAUGUUGAGACAAAGCAACAUGAAUCGUCACAAUCGAAUCUUUUCUAUGUGAACGUGCCAUUAGCAACGGUGAAAUUGGACUUCGCCAACCCACUUGUACAGCCACACAUUCAAGUCUAUCCUGAGGUUGGAUGCUCUGUAUCAGAAUUCUAUCACGGAGAGAAAUGGCAGUACAUUAAGGAAGAUGAACUAGAUCUCAACCAGCUUAUGUGGGCGGACUGGAUAAACACACCUCAUAGGCAUUUUUACAUCAAAGAACUUGCAGAAGUCCGAGACGGUCGACUUGUGAUUCCGUUGAGAUGGGUGGUGGACAAUAACAUUGAAUGCUUUGACGGUUACGUGGUCCAGUAUAAUUCAAUGUGCGACUUGUUCGAAAUACAAGAUAAGGACCUUAUUCGUCUGCAAGCGACCGAAUUAUCCGCCAACUAUUUUGAUCUGAAGACGCGUGGCUGUAGCUUCAAGUUCCCAGACUUCGCUCCCAAAUGGGUAUAUGAGAUGCCACACCCGGUGUGCGGUGUCGCAAAUGGCCGACCAACAUUCACCAUACGCAUGAUGUGCUGGAGUGACGACGUAUCUGGAAAUAAGACAAAACAGUUCAAUCCCCACACAAACAUAUAUCUCGCAAACAUCAAUCUUCCGCAUCAGAAACUGCAACAAGAAUAUUUUGUCAAGUUCUGCUCAACGUCACAGCAUGCCUCGUCAUCGGAGCAGAUGGAUGCUGUCCUCACUGACACCGGUGAAGAUCGCUGGCAUACUGCAUAUGAUUGUCAUCUGGAACAGGAGAUCUUGUUCCGUGUCAUCAUUCAUGUCUUACCGGCAGAUAAUCCACAGCAAUCUGAGCAUUGCUCUCAUAUUGGCGGGAACAGAAAUUACUCGUGUCAUUGUUGCAUGGCUGGAGGCAUGGCGGAGGAGCGAGAAAGUGAUAUAGGCUAUGAGAAAAUGUUCUCGCCCGAUAAUCCUCGGCGUACUCAUGCGGGAAUAGUUGAAGAAAUUCGGCAACAACUCUUUGCUGCCGGACUUGGCGUACAGGACAACAUCGACGAGAUGCAGACACGAAGUGGGAUCAAGGAUAAGACUGCGCAACAUUGGAUCGAAAUCGUUAUAGCAAGAGCACGUACCAUGCAGGCCGCUCGCCUCUCUAAUCCUAUUAUCAAGGAUGCACGGCUAAAGAAUCCCCGAUUGACUGGAGACAACUGCAAAGCUGUUAAGGCAGAAAUAAAGCACGAGAUUCAGCUUGAGUGUCACGAGUGGCUUGUUAUGCAGCCCCCAUCUCGUUACAAUGCACUUCCAGAGGACUCGCCGCUUCGUGAUGGUAAUGCCACACGACCUGGCAACCACUUCAAUGUCCUCUUCUCGUGUCCGCGGACUCUCGAUCCUCCCAUCGACACACCUGGAGAGAUCCUUCACACCUAUCUGCUCGGUGAGACGAAGUAUGUCUGGCACAAAACAACGAGUGAAUGGGACAAGAAGAAGGACAGCACAUUCGCAAUUAGACUUCGAGCGUCAUCCGUAGACGGUCUGCUUCUCUUGCCUGUUCGAAGUGACUACAUCGUGCAGUACAAAAACUCUCUGGUCAGAAGACAUUUCAAGAUCCUGCAGCAAGUUGGUGCCUUUCAUCUGUAUGGCGGUAUGUGCCCAGAUCUUGUUCUUGAUCUUUGGAAGGCAAGUGGAGAGCUCGGCGCAAUGCUCUGGUACCAUAGCAUAUGUAACAUGGAAGAGUAUUUGGCUGACCUCAAAAUACUCAUCGCCAAUGUCCUCGACAUUUGGGCGCUGAUCGAUCCAAACCGCAUCCUUACGAAAAUGAAGCUCCAUGUGUUGCCGCAUCUUAUCAAAGACAUUCGACGCUUUGGACCUGCAGUCCUCUACUCAACAGAGAUCUUCGAGUGCUGGAACGCAAUCUUUCGAUUCUGCAGCAUUCUCUCAAACCACCAAGCACCAAGCCGUGACAUCGCUAUCACUCUAGCCGGUAUGGAGCGGUUCAAGCAUCAGGUCAGCGGCAGAUGGUGGCAUGAUACAGAUGGCCAAUACAUCCGUGCCGGAGAAAAGGUGUGUAGUUUCUUACAGUUGAAUCCAGCCUUGCAGCGUCGACUUGGAUGGGUCCAUCCGGAGAUGAUGGUUGCUGGUGAGUUCUGA